GACGUGGGUAGAGAGUCUCUAACCACGAGAAGGCACCACCCAGCGGCUCUCAGGUGCCAUGGGGCUGAACGACAAGGAAGAGGGGCAGUGUUAGCGUGAGGAGCACACCGGGUUGGGGCAGGGAGCCUGGAUUCUGUCCCUGGCCCAGCGCUGCUAGAGACAAGCCAUUCACCUCCCCAGACUUCGGUGUCCUCGUGUGAAAACGCGGCGUUCAACUCAAUUUCAGAAGGACCUUCGGCCUCUGAGACGCCAGAGCAGAUGGUUUGGUGAAGGAGGGCUCAAGGGUUUGCAGCAGGAACUGUGUCAUUUGCUGGUGAGUCAGACUGGGGGCAUCGGGAAAAUAAUGUCUUCCCAAUCAACACCAGGGCAUAGGCAAUUAGGAAACACACUUAGCUGACGGCUUGAGUGUCUGUUCCAUUUGGAGGAUAGAUUCCUGAAGAGGGACAGGGUGACUCACCAGGCGGCUGUAACCUGAUGAAAUAGAAGUAUCCAAUUUCCUUGCUCUGAUUCCAGGCAACCAAAUGAUCUUAAUUUGGUUUUCCAAGGCAGUUUCCCCAGGCAAGAGGAGGGAUAAGUUAUGGCAAUUGGAAAUUGACAUUCUUUUGUGGGAGCAAAAUUAGAUCACAUGUUAGAAAUGACUGUGAAAUUAAAUAAGGUGACAUUCAAAUGCAAAGAAACAGCAUCCUUAGUAAUAUCACCAUUAGUUAUGAAUCAUUUUCGUGCUGAUUUGGUUAACCUUUGAACCAUGGUUUUUUUUUUUUUUUUGGAGGUAGUAAACCCUGGGUGACUUGGUGAUUAUAGACAUUCUGGAUCUGCAAAAUCAGAGGAAAAAUCACUAACGUUUACAUGGUGCUUUUGCAUGAAAUAUCCCAGUAGAUCUGGGAGAGAGCGAAUAAUAUAUUCCUGGUCUCCAGCUCAGGAAGGCUCAGUAUGAUAGGGCUAGGAAGGGUUCAGGCUUGCAGUUAAACCUAGGUCUUGGACUCCAAAUCUUACUCGCAGUGCUGCUGCUUCCAAAGGGAGUGAAUACGCUUCUCCCAUCCCCUCCCCCGAACUCACACACAUUACCACUCGAGAUCUGUGCCCGAUCUUGAAGGAGCUGAAGCAGAAGGUAAUCUGUUCUGGAGAUCGUGGAAUUGCUUCUCUUUCCCUCUUCAAAUGCCACCUGAAGCACAUUGAUAGAGACCUUCCAGAGGAUGCUCCGUGGCAGGGUCUGCUUGGCUUCCCUUAGUCCUUAGACUCAGGCUCCAUCUGCUUGCUGCAGGUGUAGAAAGUGCCUAUUUCCUUCUGCAGAGUCUCGGGGGGGUGGGGGGUGUUGGCCUCCUACCUGGCUUCCUCUGAAAGUUUGGUCUGGAUGUUUCUGGGGAAGAUGGCUAGGGACCCUCAGCUGGGACAGUUUCCCUGGAUCAGCACUGCCUGACCUAGCCCACCCAGGCUCCUAUAUCUCUGUGGCCAGAGCUGGCAGUCUCGGAUUACCAGAGGGGAGGGAGGGCGGGUCUGGAUCUCAGGACCUCGGGCCCUAGGUGCACUGCCAGCCGGAGCUCUCCAUCUGCUUUGGCAAGACUGUGGCAGAGUGCAAUCUUUGUACCCAGACCCUUCCCAUUCACAGAGGAAAGUGGAAGACUGCUGCACAGCCAAGAAUAUCUAGAGGCUCAGGAAAAAGAUGAACUGGCCCCAUUCCUGCAUCUUCUUUUGCUGGAUUUACUUUGCUGUCUCCAGACUGAGAGCUGUAGAAACAGCAGAUGGAAAAUAUGCUCAGAAGUUGUUUAAUGACCUUUUUGAAGACUAUUCCAAUGCUCUCCGUCCAGUAGAAGAUACAGAUAAAGUCCUGAAUGUCACCCUGCAGAUUACACUUUCUCAGAUUAAGGACAUGGAUGAAAGAAACCAGAUUCUGACCGCCUAUUUAUGGAUCCGCCAAAUCUGGCAUGAUGCCUAUCUCACGUGGGAUCGAGACCAGUAUGAUGGACUGGACUCCAUCAGGAUCCCCAGUGACCUGGUGUGGAGGCCUGAUAUUGUCCUAUAUAACAAGGCUGAUGAUGAAUCUUCUGAGCCUGUGAACACCAAUGUGGUCCUGCGGUAUGAUGGGCUGAUCACCUGGGAUGCACCAGCCAUCACCAAGAGCUCCUGUGUUGUGGAUGUCACCUAUUUCCCUUUUGAUAACCAGCAGUGCAACCUGACCUUUGGUUCCUGGACCUACAAUGGCAACCAGGUGGACAUAUUCAAUGCCCUAGACAGUGGAGACCUCUCUGACUUCAUCGAAGAUGUGGAGUGGGAGGUCCAUGGUAUGCCUGCUGUGAAGAAUGUGAUCUCCUAUGGGUGCUGCUCUGAGCCUUACCCGGAUGUGACAUUCACUCUCCUCCUGAAGAGGAGGUCCUCCUUCUACAUUGUCAACCUCCUCAUCCCUUGCGUCCUCAUAUCUUUUCUGGCUCCCUUGAGUUUUUAUCUCCCAGCAGCCUCUGGGGAAAAGGUCUCCUUGGGAGUGACCAUCCUUUUGGCCAUGACUGUAUUUCAGCUCAUGGUGGCAGAGAUCAUGCCGGCCUCAGAAAAUGUCCCUCUAAUUGGCAAAUACUAUAUAGCCACAAUGGCCUUGAUCACAGCCUCCACCGCCUUGACCAUUAUGGUGAUGAACAUCCACUUCUGUGGGGCUGAGGCCCGGCCGGUGCCACACUGGGCCAGGGUCGUCAUCCUGAAAUACAUGUCCAGGGUCUUGUGUGUCUAUGAUGUGGGUGAGAGCUGCCUUAGCCCCCGCCACGACAGGGAGCGAACCCACCUCACAAAGGUUUAUGGCAAACUUCCAGAGCCAAAUCUGAAGACAGACAGAAACAAAGGCCUUUCCGGAAAGGAAAUAAACAAACUGGUAAAGAAUGACCUGGGGUGCCAUGGUGAGAACCCACAGGAUGCUGACAGCUACUGUGCGCGGUACGAGGUGCUGACGAGGAAUAUCGAGUACAUUGCCAAGUGCCUCAAAGACCACAAGGCCACCAAUUCCAAGGGGAGCGAGUGGAAGAAGGUUGCAAAAGUCAUAGACCGAUUCUUCAUGUGGGUUUUUUUCAUCAUGGUGUUCGUGAUGACUGUUUUGAUCAUCGCAAGAGCAGAUUAGUGCGCAUUUGGCAUGUGGAGACAAAUCAGUAAAAUUCCCUGUGACCCACUCUAAUAUUUUUCCAAGUCAGAUUUACACACACACACACACUCACAUGCAUGCAAAUACAUAUAUAUAAUUUAUAUAAAUAAAUAUAUGUCUAAAAGUUAGGGGUUAUGUUGUGUUUUCUUUC